AUGCCUCCGCCUCGCCCCCGUCCAACUUCUGUCGCGCGGCCGCCGUCUGGCCCUGCCCCCCGUCCACCUUCUACUGCGCCGCCACCGCCCAAAAUCCCGGCCAUCCCGCGCUGCGCACCGCCGACACCUUCCUUCCUAAUUUGCCCCGCCACCGGCCUGGGCUCGCUUCGCACCUGCCCUGCAUCUCCGGUGCCUUCGCCGCAGCCGUCCUCCCGCAGCUGCCCGGCGUUAGAUCUGUGUGUCACCGUCCCGGGGGCGUCCUCUCCGUCCCGGGUCACCGGCGACUCUUCCCUCUCCUCCCCGUUCUUCCACCUCCUCCCUUCCAUCCCUGGCCACUACAGAGCGUCCCGGGUCAACAGCCACCGCGUUGCCAUUCGCCUGCCUAGCCUCUCUCUGGCUCUCCACCGUCAACGGGUGGGCGACAAAAAAAUUGCAGGCGCGCAGGCUGCAUCUGACGGCCGUCGAUGGUCACAUGUCGGACGAGCCCAACCGUGCAAUACGCCAGAGCAGGAUAGAGAAGUACGAUGGUGUGAACUACUUCGAUGGGAGCAGCAGGGGAGUCGAGGUGGUGUUUCUGCCUCUGGAUGUCGUAGUCGUGCGGUUCGGCUGUGCCCCAUUGCGGCUUGGUAUUUUCCCUUUCUUGCUGAUAGGUGCUUCAGUGCAGUUGGCUUGAUCGAAGAUGAGGUUCGGCUGGUUUGUGUAUGCUGGUCAGGGUCUCUUGUACAUGCAGCUCACAGCGUGAUGUUCGCGCAGCUCACCAUCGUCAGGCUCGCAGCUUCAUUUGUUGCUGGCAGGGUCGACGCAACUGGACCCAGGACAUACGGCUUUGAUUUAUUUUUCAUUUUGUUUUGAGUGGGUUUUAUGUAAAUUUAUAGGGAUGUGUUUGGUAAGUUUUAAAAACUACUAUUCGAGUUC